AUUUGCAGUGAUUUUAUUCUUCAGAUGAAAAGUUCAAUUCGAUUGUCGUUUUACUUACUUUCUUUCCUUUUUAUUUUUAUGUUGUCGUUUGACAAAUUCAGUUGCUAUUGACUAUUUACAAGGCAAGAUGAGUAGAUAUAGGAACUUUUCUAGCACGUGCGAAUGGUAUACAUAUUUCCUCCUCACGUGCCCAGUGCUACUCUUCUGAUUUGGGUACCUCAAUAAUUGAACCCACUGAAUCUGGGAUCAGCUUCUUCUUUCAAGAAAAAAAAAAGGAAUGAAAUGAAUAUUCCUCCUCUGUCAUACUCAUACCGGCUUUUUUAAGUAUUUGCAGAUAUACAUAUAUAAAUGUCAAUGUUUUCUCCGAACUAAGAUUUGCAAACAAUGCCAGUUUAAAUGGCUAAGACAGAGAUGGCAAAAGCAAGUGUUGAAAUUCAGGAGAGGGAAAGAAAUCGAGACUCCAUUGAUUUCAAUAAAGCUGUUCCUAAGUUUUUGGUGCAGCUACCUAACAAGCUUCAAAAUUGUUUGAAGUCUCAGCUCAAGAGAUUUGCUAAACAUGAUGAACAACAUUCAUUGAUUAGCUCUGAAUCUAAAUUGGGAAAGGAAUCAUUUUCUUCUUCUGAUGCUGAUUUGGAGAAACAAAUGCAAGCAUGGAGAGAAAAUCCAUCAUGGGCUGACCCACAUUCAGAAAUUAAGGUUAGUGUACCAGAAGGCUCUCUUUGCAAUCUUAAAGUAAAUGUCAAUGUUGGGCUUCCUCCUGAUGCAAUCUACAACAUAGUAACUGAUCCUGAUAAUAAGAGGGUUUUCAAAAACAUUAAGGAAGUGAUAUCAAGAAAAGUUAUAGUUGAUGAAGGUCACAGACAGGUGGUUGAGGUGGAGCAAGCAGCCUUAUGGAAAUUUCUUUGGUGGUCAGGAACCAUCUCUGUUCAUGUUUUAGUUGAUCAAAACAGAAAAGAUCGCUCGAUGAAAUUCAAGCAAGUAAAAACAGGGUUUAUGAAAAAAUUUGAAGGCUGCUGGAAAGUAGAACCUUUAUUUGUUGAUGAAAAGACAUGCUUUCCGUUCAAACCGAAGACAUGGGAAGACUAUUACUUAUGUACUGGAGGCAAAGGAAGGCUUGGUUCAAAGGUGAGCUUGGAGCAGCUUAUUCAGCCAGCCAUCGUUCCACCUCCACCGAUAUCCUGGUAUUUAAGAGGUAUUACUGCUAAAACCACUGAGAUGUUGAUAAAUGAUCUGCUUGCUGAAGCUGCAAGAAUCAGAGGUGAUUUGGGUCCUCAAAAAUCUAACAAAGAAUCUGAAUCAUCAUCUCAAGAUAUACUUUCUGAAGUUGAUAAUGUACAUGAUAUAAAAACAAGAUGGGCCAUGCGUAGGAGAAAUGCAAAACUAUAUCAUCGGAAACAACUGACGGCUAAUUGAUUUGUAUUUAGUUUAUAUUUAUUAAGCAGUUUUAUAUUUUCAGAUACUAUGUUAUGGAAAUGAUUUUUUUUAUUCA